AUGGCUGAGAACAGUUUAUCUUGUUACCAACUUCCCGAUCCUACUUUUCACAAAGUAGCUGAGCGCUAUACAAUGAACCUUGUAACAGCUAUAAUCAAUAUGGUAACAGCCCCUCUCGCUGUUAUCAGCAACCUUUUAAUUUUCGCUGCAAUCGUUUCUCGACUUAGAGCACCAUCAAAAAUUUUGAUCGCUAGUUUGGCCCUCUCGGAUGUCUUUGUUGGGCUUGCAGUUCAGCCGGGUUACAUUAUGUACCGACUCAUGGAAAAUCAGCAUCGUUCCGUUCCCUGCUUUGUCAGAAUUGUAUAUGCAAAUGCUUUUUACAUUUGUUGUGGUGUGGCUUUCAUGACACUAGCUGUUGUUAGUUAUGAGCGAUUGAUUGCAGUUCGACUUCAGGUGAGGUACAAUGCUGUGUUCUCCUCAAGUCGUAUUCUGAAGUAUAUGGCAUUUAUCUGGAUACUCAACAUUCUUUUUACAAGUUUGCAGUGGGUUGUGGUAAAGCAGGUUUCAAGAGGUAUACAUUUGAUAGCUUGGUUCAUUUGUCUUCUCGUAGCUGUAGUAUCAAACAUUGGAAUCAUUUUGAGUUUACGACAACAUUCCCGACGCGUGCAACCCGCCAGUCGUCAUCCAUCUCAAAGAAACCAGAGCAAGCGAAGAAUAUUUAGAGAAGUAAACGUAACAAGAAGCAUAUCAUUCAUAGUUGCAGUUUACUUGAUGUUUAAUAUACCAGUUUUGUUUGUGACAAUUUAUCAUCAGAUAUUGGGUAGAGAUAUCAAGACUUAUAACCACUACAGUUGGUCAGAAACUCUUGCUUUUUUCAACUCGUGCACAAAUCCAUUGGUGUGUUGUUGGAAAAGUCGCGAAAUCCGCCAGGCGGUGAAAGCAGUAGUAGAAAGAAUUUUCUGCAAAUAG